AUGGAAUACCAAAAAGCGGCAGAAUUGAACGGUUUGUGCAAUGGCAAACUCGUCACAGAAUAUCUCUGCCGUAACGGCUUUAGCGAGCUGACAGAAAAUUUCGAUACGAAAAAAGUCGCUGUCCAGCACAAAAACGAGACAUCCCGGAAAGAAGCGGAGGAUGAGUCGCGGUUACCUGCUCUGGAGGCGGCGUACACAACCAUCCUUCAAGGUCUGGGAGAGAACACGGACCGCCAGGGGCUCCUCAAAACCCCGCUCCGUGCAGCAAAAGCCAUGCAGUUCUUGACCAAAGGCUACCAUGAGACCAUCUUCGACGUCCUUAAUGAUGCCAUCUUUGAUGAAGACCACGAGGAGCUAGUUAUUGUGAAAGAUAUUGACAUGUUUUCACUUUGUGAACAUCAUCUAGUACCAUUUUUUGGCAAGGUUCACAUAGGAUAUCUGCCGAGUAAAAAAGUUGUUGGCCUCAGUAAGCUUGCAAGGAUUGUUGAAAUCUACAGUCGCAGACUUCAAGUCCAAGAGCGCCUAACAAAGCAAAUUGCAAUGGCAAUCUCUGAGGCCCUGCAGCCCGCCGGUGUGGCAGUUGUCAUUGAGGCAACUCACAUGUGUAUGGUCAUGCGUGGAGUGCAGAAGAUGAACAGCCGUACUGUGACCAGCGCCAUGCUGGGUGUGUUCAGAGAGGAUCCAAAAGCUCGAGAAGAGUUCCUGGCCCUGACCAAAAGCGCAUAGUGAUCACACUUCCAUC